AUGGCUGAUGACGACGUGAAGGAGCUUUCUCUACAAGAUCUUUAUGCGAGAAUGGAAGAUUUGGCACGAUGGAGGCGUCUCUUCAGAACCUUCAACAAGCCAUUGAAUGACUUACCCUUCACCUCAACAAUGAGAAUAAUUUCGCCGACGGUGUGCAGCCUCAUCAUUAACAAUGAAAGCUGUGAGAAUAUAGUGUCAAAGGCCUUGGUAGAUCACUUGAAAUUGCCAACCGAUACCAAGCAUGUGCCUUAUACCAUCGAAUGGAUCAAGAAGGGUCCCUCCGUGAAGGUGACCGAAAUAUGUCGCGUGCCACUAUCACUAGGCAAGACUUAUAGCGAUUCUGUUGCUUGUGAUGUUGUGGAUAUGAACACGUGCCAUGUAUUGUUGGGACGGUCGUGGCAGUAUAAUGUUGACGCUAAGCAUGCUGGCAAGAAAAACGAGUAUUCUUUUGUGUGGAUGAAUAAGAAGAUCAUCCUACCACCUAUUCCACCUUCUCCAAAGCACCCCAAAGAUCAAAAGUCCAAACGUAUAUCUCUUUGUAACAAGGGAGAGUUUCUGGCCGAGUUAAAAGAGUUGAAGCAGAGGUUUGUUUUAGUUAUGAAGGAAGAAGUAAAGAUACUCAUUGAGGUCCCAGAGAAGAUGAAAUCGCUGCUUAAGGAGUUCGAAGUGUUAAUUCCUGAAGAGCUGACAGCGGAUCUUCCUCCUAUGAGGGAUAUUCAACACCACAUUGAUUUCAUUUCGGGUUCAGUGCUUCCUAAUCUCUCUCAUUAUCGCAUGAACCCGCAGGAGAAGAAGAUAUUACAGGACACCAUUGAGAACCUUAUUAAGAAAUGCCACAUCCGAGAAAGUAUGAGUCCAUACGCAGUUCCGACCCUGUUGACACUAAAGAAGGAUGGGAGUUGA